GUGUGGGCGUUGCGUUAAUUGUAAAAAAUAAAAAUAAAAAGGUAGAAAACGUUGAGUGAGAUGCUUCCGCGUCUUUAUCUCGGGUGUAACUGGACAGCAGCAGCAGGCGUAGCCUUCCUCAGAAACAGUGUGGACAAAAAGUAGAGCCAUGUCAUAUUAAUGGAGCCGGAGUUGCGCGCGGUGCCUCUGGUAAACUGAAAGUCCAUUGACGCGCGCGCGUUAAAACCCAGCCGCGUGUGAUCUCCAAGCUUCAGUCAUUUUGUGUGUGUGUUGGCAGCGCGAUGAUGGGAAGCAGACACCGACUCGGAGCUGUGGCACCGGACCCGCUGCCGGAGAUACCGACGGAGAGGAAACCCUGAAACCUCCGCUGCCCAGGAAAUAUGGACAAAUCUGGUUUUAUGUGCGCGUGCGGGCUGUUUUCUUCAAAUUCGUCUUCUUCUUCGUCUUCUUCUUCUUCUGUCGGGGUUCGCACAUCGCCACAGAGAGGAGGCUACAGCGGACCAGGAUGCCGUGUGGGCGACGCUGCCACAAGGGAUACAUUGUGAUUUUCACCGGGAUGUUUUAGCGAAACCGUUUGCAUAUAUUACCACCGGAGAAGCCCCGUCACACGAGGGAUUGCAGUCCAACGGGAUCUAAUGCAGACAUCACCACCUGUUACCAGAAAACCAGACCUCCAGGUUUUUCUUCCUCUCCGAGCCCGACAGCCAUGACCCGGGGAGGCCCUCCGUCGCGGCUCGGAUCGGGCCCCGACUCGCCGCUCGAUGGCUAGAAGUCACCGUACCGAGCACUGGGGGCCUUUCUACUGAGUAUCCCUCACUGCGUAGUAGCACAUGGAUUUCAAGACUUCAAAUAAAGAGACAAAGACUGGGAUUUAUUUGAUGCAAGAAGGGAACGAGGAUCCGUUUAAUAUUCGCCUGCACUUGGCCAAAGACAUCCUGACCAUUCAAGAGCAAGACGUCAUCUGUGUGUCGGGGGAGCCUUUUUAUUCCAGCGAAAGGACGGUAACGAUCAGGAGGCAGACAAUCGGAGGGUUCGGCCUGAGCAUCAAGGGUGGAGCGGAGCACAACAUCCCGGUCGUAAUAUCCAAGAUAUCAAAGGAACAAAAAGCUGAACUCUCUGGGCUGCUUUUCAUUGGAGACGGCAUCCUUCAGAUAAAUGGGAUAAACGUCAGAAGUUAUCGCCACGAGGAAGUGGUCCAGGUUUUGAGAAACGCCGGUGAAGAAGUGACUCUCAACGUCUCGUUCCUCAAGAAGACUCCAGCCUUUCUGAAGCUGCCCGUGUGUGAAGACUGCACAUGCAUCCCCAGUGACCAGAGCAGCGGGACCUCCUCACCUCUGUGCGAUAGCGGCCUGCACUUGAACUACCAUCCUAACACGGACACGCUGUCCUGCUCGUCCUGGCCCGCGUCCCCGGGGCUCCGCUGGGAGAAGCGAUGGGUGGACCUGCGCCUCAUUCCACUGCUUCACUCGCGCCUGUCGCGGUACAACCCGGGCUCUGACGUCUGCAGGAAUCACGCCUUCCAGCUCAUAGCUGUGGACGGAGUGUGCAGCGGCGUGAUCCAGUUCCCCACGGCGGAGGACUGCUUGGACUGGCUCCAGGCGUUGGCGAGCAACAUCUCCAGCCUCACCCAGCACAAUGUGAAGAAGAUUAACCGGAAUUUCCCAGUUAACCAGCAGAUCAUCUACAUGGGCUGGGUGGAGGAGAAGGAGCAGGACUCCGUCCUGGACCGCAUGUAUUCGCCCAAGUUCCUCGCCCUGCGGGGUUCCUCCCUCUUUAAGUUUUCGGCGCCUCCUGUGACCACAUGGGACUGGACCAGAGCAGAGAAAAGCUUCUCGGUGUACGAAAUCAUAUGCAAGAUUUUAAAGGAUAAUGACCUUCUGGACGAGAGGAAGCACUGCUUCAGCGUCCAGACGGAGAGCGGCGAGGACCUGUUCUUCGGCGUGGAGCUGGAGGGCGAGCUGCUGAUCUGGGAAAAGGCGUUUCAGAUGGCCACGUUCCUGGAGGUGGAGAGGAUACAGUGUAAAACGUAUGCCUGCAUCAUGGAGAGCCACCUCAUGGGGCUAACGGUAGACUUCAGCAUGGGCUUCGUGUGCUUUGAUGCCGCUUCAAAGGCAGUCCUGUGGCGAUACAAGUUCUCCCAAUUAAAAGGAUCAUCGGAUGACGGGAAAAGCAAGAUCAAGUUUUUAUUCCAAAAUCCAGACUCCAAAUCUAUUGAAGCGAAGGAGCUGGAGUUCUCCAACCUCUAUGCCGUGCUUCAUUGUAUUCACGCUUUCUUCGCCGCCAAAGUCGCGUGCCUGGACCCGAUUUUCGUGGAGAGCCAAGGCGCCGCGACCACCGCCGGCUUCCCGUCUCUUUGCAGCAAGUCAUGUAACCCACAGACGCCGAAACUCAAAUACGCCACCUGACAGGCCCCACCCCCUUUCGCCACUCUCGCGAAGCUGUGGACCGUGGCCUAAAGAGGUGGACGGGAGAACUGAACGGUUAUCACAUGACGUUAUGAAAAAGAAAAAAAAGACCUCUUUUGAGAGUGACAUACUCGAUAUCGUGGAAGAAGUUCCAGAUGUUCCCUAAACACGAACCUCCGAGGACACUAAACACGAACCUCCGUGGACCCGAAACACGAACCUCCGAGGACCCUAAACACGAACCUCCGAGGACACUAAACACAAACCUCCGUGGACUCGAAACACGAACCUCCGUGGACCCGAAACACGAACCUCCGAGGACCCGAAACACGAACCUCCGUGGACCCGAAACACGAACCUCCGUGGACUCGAAACACGAACCUCCGUGGACACUAAACACGAACCUCCGUGGACCCGAAACACGAACCUCCGAAGACCCUAAACACGAACCUCUGCUCUGAGAAACUUCUCGAGGAGACCGGGAACACGGCGUGUGCGAUUCCAAUAUGUUUUUGAACUUGUGCUCUUGAUCCUCAAGUCAUCCUUGUGAUCCACACAUCUAAUAAUCUGCUUUUUUUUUCUCAUGGGAUUUUAUUGAAGAUUUUUGGAGCUGUUUAGUUUCUCGUUGAAGCUCCCGUGAGGAUGUGUGUGGACACCGAUAUGACGACGCUUUCUAUAUUUCAUUUCUUUGCGUGUUCUUGAGGUGAAAAAUAUAACCGACGUUCAUAGCUUGAAUUGGCGGCAUCCUUUAAUGUGUCAUAAGAGUGCAACUGCGAGUGUCAUGGAUGCGUUUACAAGGAUGUUGGCCGACGCCUCUGGUUGGAGGAAAGGAAUACGCUUUCCUAUGUACGUAUGCCGAGUAACCUCGUUUAUUUUUUUCUCUGUAGCUGACGUAAAUCCGGAAGCCGAGCUCAAAAGAUGUAGUUUUUAAUGUAUGGAUGAAGAAGGAAAAAAAAGACCACAUGACUAUAAUCUGACAGUACAACUAAACACGAGGAGGAAACAUCUUCUCUGAUGUCUCCAGCAUUUUCUCCCCCAAAAACCUGAUUAUGUAAAUAUACACUGACAUUCAAAUGAACUCAAAGAAUGAUGAAUUAUGGCGAUUACUUGAGGGAUUACCAUGCAGGGGAUUAUGGCAUUUGUUAAUUUGAUGUGCACCAGAGACAACCGGGUGGAAACCUCAUGACCUCGUGCUCUCUCUCUCUCUCUCUCUCCGAUCAUCUUCUCACAUUGACCAGAAGAAUCAAAUUUGUUGGAAUAAAUUUUUUUUGUGCAACUUCAGCUUGUAAAUAUGACACUUUCUUUUAUGUUGAUUAUUAAAGAAAAGAAGAAAAAAAACCACACAUAUGUAGCGUUGUGGCCUCCAAAAGGUUUUGAGAUCCCCCCCCCCCCUUUUGUAAUGCACUCCUCUCGGUGUUGAAGUGCUUCUAAGCGCUGCCGAGGGACCGCGAACCUAUCGCACUCCAAAAAGAGUUCAGGUCAAUUAGCGCAAUUAGUCACGCUCUUACCUCCCAUCGACGCGGCGGACUCGGAGCAGAAGGGGCCCCUGGGUAAGUAAACUCCGGAGAGGAUGGCACAUUAAAAAAAUGAGUUCAGUGAAGCUUUGCACUGCUGGGCCGGCGUGAGGGAGACGGAUGGCGGCGCAGUCGAUGCAAAGAAAGUCUGAGUGCGCUUUAAAAAUGAUCUUCGGUUGCAUAACUUCACACGGCGCCGGGUCUAGAGAGGGUUCUUCUUUUCUUUUUUCUUUUUGCAGAUGUUUUAUUAACAAAUAUUCUAUGUGAUAAAUUAAUAAAUGAGACCUUUUAUAACAUGGCUCCCUUGUGGUGAGGUUUUUAUUGUCACGCAUGUUUGUGGAAAGUGUAUUUAAAGGGAGCUCCGCUUCCUGGACUUAAUGUGUUCUUGUAAGUAGUUCAGCUGGAAAUAUACUCGACUACACUUCAAGAAAUGUAGAGAAUUACCCUCAUUCACCGUCGAUUGAUAAAAUAAACUCUUGAGAAGCGGAACAACUCCGACUGGUGGGAAGAAAGUGGAAGAAGUUUCCAACUAUUCCUUUUAAUGACGCGUAAGCACUUGAUGAGGCUGAGUGGA